UACGGUGGUGAGUUGGCAUAUUUAUCUUCUCCUUCGACUGUAACAAAGGGAAGGACCUUAGGCAAUGGAUUCAACACCAGCGAACCUGAAAUCAUCACUUUCAGUUCCAAGUGUUCAAGAGUUAGCAUCUCAACGGCCAGAGAGAGUGCCAGCAAGGUACAUAAGAGAUCAAGAUGGGGAUGACAUCAUUGCCACCUACCCUUUUGAUCCAUCUCUUCAUGUACCCUUCAUAGACAUGGCCAAGUUGGUCAACGCAGACACACAACAACACGAGCUUCAAAAGCUUCACCUUGCAUGCAAAGACUGGGGUGUUUUUCAGUUGAUAAAUCAUGGUAUUCCAAGUACAUCUCUUAGGAAUAUGGGGAAUCAAGUUCAAAGAUUUUUUGAGCUCCCUUUACAAGAGAAGAAGAGAUGGGCACAGAGAUCAGGAAGUCUUGAAGGCUAUGGCCAAGCAUUUGUAACCUCUGCAGACCAAAAGUUGGAUUGGAAUGACAUGAUCUUCCUCAAAUGCCUCCCCAUUCAGAACAGAAAAUCGGAUUUGUGGCCUCAAAACCCUCCUGAGUUUAGGGAAACAUUAGAGAUAUAUUCUGAAGAUAUAAGGGAAGUUACAAUUUCUCUUGUGAAGUUCAUUACUAUGUCUUUGGGGCUUCAAGACACACAGAUAUCAGAAAGUUUCCGAGAAGGACUAUAUGAAAUAAGGAUGAAUUGCUACCCACCCUGUCCAGAGCCUGAAAGGGUACUUGGGAUUGUGCCCCAUGCUGACAAUUCCGGGAUCACUCUUUUGCUUGAUUGUGCUGAUUUUCCAGGGUUGCAGUUCCUCAAAGAUAAAAAAUGGGUCAAUGUUGAACCUAUAGAAGGGGCCAUUGUUGCAAACAUUGGCCAAAUUAUUGAGGUGAUGAGCAAUGGGAUAUACAAAGCACCUGAGCAUAGAGCUGUAGUAAAUAAGUUGAAGGGGAGGUUUUCAAUAGUGACAUUCUGCUAUCCAAGCCCUCACAUGGCUAUUGGACCUUCUGACAAGCUUAUAGGAGAAGGAAAUGCAGCUAUAUUCAAGAAAUUGACACAUGCAGAGUAUUUCAGCAAGUUUUUCAAUAGGGACCUUGAUGAAUUGUUUAUUGAUAGUCUGAGAGUAUGAUCAAUGAUGUGAUUUCUAUAGUGCUCUACCAACUGAGCUAUAUCGCCCCGAACCAAGUCAGUUUGCAUGUUUGCAGAUGCUGACUGAGAUUGCUCACAAGCCUCUAGAAUGAACUGAUUAUGUUUAUGAUACCAAACUCAUAACAGUAGGGCUACAGCCAGAUAGACUGUAGUUUUAGAGUUUUGUAGGCAUUCUGUACAUAUGUGCAUGGCAUUUGGAAGGAAUGAAGUCAAGGUGAAGGGCUACUUUACACGGUUUGGACACAUUUUAAGUGCACUGAUGGAUACACUGUUUGCUUUGGACUGAAUGAAAAGAUACUAUUAGCAUGGACUGAAUGAAAAAGUGUCAAUGUUUGCUUUAUGGUUCAACACGUUUUUCCAUCAAUGAAAUGGUCCUUAAAUUCAACAUAAUUCAUAUGUAAAAGAAUCAUGAAUCAAGAGCUUCUUGAUCUUGGUUAAAAUUCAUAUGGAUACUUGGUUGAUUUUUUAUAUUGACCAAGGUUGUUAUUUCUCGAUAUAUAUUGCAUUCAUUGAUUGCUUUC